GUUAACGUGAAGCGAAUAAAGUCAUGGAACCUAUGGCGGCGUCGCAGAUUAUCGUUAUGCAUUAUUGUCAUUUGGCAAUGCCUGACGAUAGCCGUUGGCGUUCUCCACCUCCUCCCUAACCUACGUCUGGCCAGACCUCUUGAGACGAAAUACUUUACUUCACGAGCUUACUCGACAGUAACCGGCCGUUGGUAUUUCUUGGUGUCAUGUUUCAUUCUUAACUUCAAGUUCUCCUAUAUUCUCAUAAUAAUGGAAUCUGACAAAGCUGCAAUUGUUGAAAACUCUGAGGAGGAUAUUGAAGAAGUUGAAGAGGAAGAGGAAGGAUCUGAUAAAUUGAGCAAAGAGAAAUUACAAGCGGCUGUUCUUCAAUUACAUGCGGCUGUUCUUCAAUUACAAGCGGCUGUUCUUCAGAACCCUAGGGGGAUGGCUGCAUUGCAGGCUUGUCUUGACAGCAUGGUUGGGGAUCCAUAUGGAUACAUCAAGAGCUUACCUGCUGCUGUCCAAAGGCGCAUCAAGGCACUCAAGAAUCUACAAUUAGAGACCACUAAAAUUGAAGCUGAAUUUUUCAAAGAAGUGCAUGUCCUAGAGUGCAAGUAUCAAACUAAAUAUCAAUCGUUUUUUGAAAAGCGAGCUAAAAUCACAUGUGGAGAACUUGAACCAACUGACAAAGAAUGUGUCUGGACCUUAGAUGAUGACAAGGAAAGUGAAGAACUUUCUGAAGACAUGAAGAACAAGGUUACAAUUGAAGGUGAAACUAAGGAAGAAGACAUGAAAGGUGUUCCAGAGUUUUGGUUGACAAUCUUCAAGAAUGUUGAGCUCCUUGCUGACAUGGUUCAGGAUCAUGAUGAGCCUAUCUUGAAACAUCUGGUUGACAUUAAAGUUCGAUACAAUGAGGAUCCCAUGGGCUUUAUCCUUGAUUUUCACUUCACUCCAAAUGAGUACUUUGAGAACACUGUAUUGACAAAGACUUAUGGCAUGAAGUGUAUUCCAGAUGAAGAGGAUCCUUUCAGUUUUGAGGGACCUGAAAUCCAUAAAUGCAGGGGUACUCCCAUUGAAUGGAAAAAAGGAAAGAAUGUUACCGUUAAAACCAUUAAGGAGAAGAAGCAAAAGCAUAAGUCCAAGGGCUCCGUACGCACAGUUUCCAAGACAGUUCAGAACGAUUCGUUUUUUAAUUUCUUUAGCCCACCUACUGUUUCUGAUGAGGAUGUCGAUGAAGAAACUCGUGCUCUCCUGACAGCCGACUUCGAAAUUGGACACUACAUUCGCGAGAGUAUUGUCCCCCGUGCUACUCUGUAUUUCACAGGUGAUGUCUUGAUGGAAGAUGACUUUGAUGAAGAAGAGGAGGAGGAAGAGGGAGAUGAAGACCGAGUCUUGAUGGAAGAUGACUUUGAUGAAGAAGAGGAGGAGGAAGAGGGAGAUGAAGACCGAAAUAUUCGUCGUUACCUAACAUGGCGUAGUAGGUUGACCUAUAUUGAGCACGUGUUCGAAGUCUUAAUCCUAUGCCUAAUACUGUCUGGAAAUUUUUUUGCUUGAAGAUUUCCAGACUACAGACUGUGAGAAGUUUUCACUCAUUUUCUCCUUCUUUCUUUGGUAUCGAGUUCAUCUUUCUCGCUUUCCGCCCUCGGGUCUGCAUUCACUGUGGGUUUUCCAUGUAGUAAUGUUCACUUUUAAUAAUACACACGAAGCAAAUGGA